AUGUCAGUAGAUCAAACGAUAUCAGAGCUUAGUGGAACUCUAGCACAACUUAGUAGUUUGGUGGAACAUAUCAACGGACAGAUUAAUGGAAUCACAAGUAGGAUCAAUCUCACGUUGGAUAACUUUGACCAGGCCGUGGCCAAUAUUGCAAAAGAUGCGGGUUCGGUGACUUAUCAAGUUGGUGACUCAGUCUCACAGGUGCCUAAUUCCAUGGUGUCUUUUAAUAUGCUGCUGUUCAUCACACUGAUCGUUGUCUUUAUUCUCUUAUCAGUUGUUUUGAUACUGAAUCUGAUAACGAAAGUUCAUGCGAUCGUACGAAUCGCACCGAGCGGGCACUUAUACCAACGCGGAGACGAUUCACACUUCGACAAAUCUGCCAUCGCACCGUACAGCUCGUUUAGCCAGAACUCGCAGUACAUGGCCCCAGCAAAUGGGUUUCGGAAUCACAUCUCGAUACCGAUGGAGCACGAGCCAAGACGAGUUGGAUUACAACCGUUACGACAAGAUUCCAUUGAUGUGGAACCGCGUCUCUAUCAGAGAAGAGGAGAUGAGCCCGUGAAAUACAGCUCGGAAACCAAUUCUCCGUACAAGAGAAGUCUUGAAGUC